AUUACUAAUGUCUUCAGAAUCUUCAAAACAACCUUCUGGUGAAGAUGACAGUAGAAAAGAUCCAUUUGUUUCAUUAUCGGAUCAAGAACCAUCGUACUGUACUGAAUCAGCUACUCUGAAGACGAUGAAAUAAUUGAAACACCAAGAAAGCCCAAAAAAAAAGAAUCAAAUAACAAAACUGUAUGAUAUUUUCGAAAAAAAGGAAGAGCAAAGUGUCAAAAGUGGUAAUGUCGUUGCUGAAAAUCCUCCGGUAGUAAAUUCUAAAAUUGAUUUUGAAAGAUUUGAAAGUAUCUCGGUAUUGGAUGGAAAAUAUUUCAAGAUUUGCAAAAUGAAGAAUGACAAUGAUGUCGAAGCAAACUGUCAGCUCUGUUUUCCGAUCAUAAAGAAAAUUAGCGGGAGUCUUAAUUCAUCAUCUAACUUCAUCAGACAUAUAAAAAGAGUUCAUCCUGAAAAACUAGAAGAGUAUAAGCGGUAUAAACAAUCUAAGAGAAAUUCGAAAUUAAACAAAAGAUGCCACACUAUAACUGAUCCUGAAGGACCAUCGACGGCAUCGACUAGUGCCAGUAGCCAUAAGCAACCUAGACUAAUGCAGACACUUCUAGGCAGCGGAAACGUUAGGGUUGACCAAGCUAAUUUUGAAAAACGGGUGGUAAAUUUUAUUUUAGGUACAAUGUCUGCUAUAAAUAUUAUAGAACAUGAAAGUUUCUUGGCAUUUUUUCAAGGAAUGAAUGUUAAAGUUCCAUCAAGAAAAACAAUUAUGAAAAAAAUCAAUCAAAAUUAUAAUGAAAAUAUGUGUCAUAUUAGAGACAAACUAAGAAAUACUCGCUUUUUACGUACGACAGCUGAUAUUUGGUGUAACAAAAAACGAAGUUUUCUUGGGGUUACCGUGCAUUGGAUCGAAGAAAACUUGGUUAGAGGAUCUGCUGCAAUUGCCUGUAAACGAUUUAAAGGCGCACACACUUACAGACAUAUUGGCGAAAUGCUUGAAAAUAUAAACUUGCAGUUUGGUUUAACAGAAAAAAUAGUUGGAACAAUUACAGAUAAUGGAAGCAACUUCGUUAAAGCAUUUGAACAAUACCACAUAACCAAUGAUGAAGAGGAAGCGAUAAAUGCAGAUGAUAUAUUUCAGGUAAUAAAUAUAAAUGAAGAGAAAGACACGGAACUUUUGGAGAAUGACGAUAUGGAUGUCGAUUCAGCUGAACAGUUCACUUUACGGAAACAUUUCCGAUGUGCCAGCCAUACACUAAAUUUAAUAGCCACAACGGAUUACAAAAAUUUAAUUAAAGAAAAUGCAGUUCUGCGAAAGCGCCAUACUGCAGCAUUUCAAAAAUGUAACCUGCUUUGGAAUAAAGCUAAUAGACCAAAAUCAAAUGAAAUUAUUCAGAACAUUUUAGGGCACACACUUAGCCGUCCAGGUAUUACUCGAUGGAAUUCACUUUAUGAUUCUGUAAAGCAAAUUCUAAAAGAAAAGGUCAAGCUCAAUACACUUUUUAAGAAACUGGAACUGGAACCAUUUAAAGGGACUGAACUUUUAUUUUUAGAAGAUUAUUGUAUGGUAAUGGAACCUCUAGCCCAUACAUUGGAUUUUCUUCAAGGAGAGCACGCGAACAACUCAUUUUUUGGGUUCUUGUUACCGAGUUUAUUAUCUCUAAUAAAUAAAUAUGAAAAAAAAGUAGCGGUCCAUACCACAUACAAAUAUGGAGGUGAAUACAUAGCCAAAAUGUGCCUCGACAACCUGAGAAGAAGAUUUGCUGACAUACUGUCGCUUAAUUGUAAAGAAAUCGUAAUUGCAGCCGUUUUAAUUCCUCAAUUUAAAUUCAGAUGGUAUAAUAUCGUAAAGUAUCCUACAUACACUAAAGAGGAUAUAAAAAAGUUUAUUAUAGACGCAGCUAGAGACUUAGACGAUUCAAACUAUGAUUUCUUAUCAGAUGAGAGUGACACAACCAAUUUAGACCAAUUCUUUGAUUUCAGUGACGACAAGGUCAAGGUACAGCCUCCAAUAUUAAAUAACGACAGUGAAAUGGCAAGAAACCCCUCCCAAUCAUCAUCUGUACCUAAAAGUAAAACAUCUUCAAAAAUUGAACUGGAGCUGUUGAGGUAUUUAGAAGAUAAAAGAAAUAAUAUACAUAUUAUUAAUGAAUAUCCUACACCUCGAAGGAGUGGCCUGACAGACGAAAAUUUUGAAAUUUUGGUGCUAUGUAAGGCCAACCAAAAGAAAUAUUUUUAA